GGGGGAGAGAAAAGGUCGCUGAGAUAAGAAGAGGAGCGCGGCAGGUGGACAGGUGUGAAAGCGCGAUGGCUCGUCCAGCACGCAUGCCUGAAGCCCGCUGACGCCGUCGCGGUCGCGACCGUCGUCGUCGUCGUCGUCGACGCUGUCGUCGGUGUCGCGUCUUCGUAUCGACGAGUCGCGCGCGCGAGCCGUUCGCGCUUCAGUCGUCCGAGAGGAGUCUCUCCGCGUGUGCCGUCGACGAGGAUGCGCAGGGGAGGAGCGCGGGAGGACAAAGAAGAAGAGAAGCAGCAACAGCGACGACGACGGUGAGAACUGGAGGAGCGGCUCGGUCGAGACACGUCGGCUCGUCAGUGUCGCCGAGAACGAACGAGCUGGUCUGUGCGUGCGGACCGAGUCGCGACAACACCACGUGUCUCCGUGACGCCGUCGCUGUCGUCGCGCUUGGCGACGCGCCCGUACGUCCGCGACCACCUGCGCGACGCGGUGCUCGGUUAGCGUCGGCCAGCGUCGCGCCGACGGGGUCGGGGGAUAAUUAAAGCGCCGGAAGCGGGAGGAGGAGAGGCCGCAGCGGCGGCGACGGCGGUGGCGGCUGUUCUCGCCAAGAGGAAGACGUCAUUCGCGACUACUGCGGGCUGCGUCGCGACGAAAACGCGGUCGUAUUUGGGAGCGGAGCGCAGCGGAUCGCCUCGCCUCGAGACCACCGCAGGUGCAGCCGCAGGACCGACCGACCGGCGACCUGACCUGAGUGCGCGCCUGUUGAUAAAGGAGAGGAGUGGACGGACGCGGGUGGGUGGGGAGUUCCUCUUGGACGAGGAGGAAACGACGCGACGUCGCUCGUCCGGGGGUCGCGGCAAGUGCGCGCGGCGCGUGCGGUCCCGCCGCCGCGGGAGGAGGACGUUGUUCCGUCGGCCGCGGUACCGUUGUUUUCCGUCAUCCUCACGUGAUAACGCGACACAGGCAGGAAAAGAGUGCACGCAUCCGUCGCGGAAGACAGACGCUGCUGAUUGAUUUCGAUCAUCCACCGGAGCCUCCUUCGCGGAUCGGAUCCUAUUCCUUCGGCGUGCGCGAGUCGCGCCCGCGCGCCGUGAUAGUUCGCGGGUAGUCCUGCGGUGAAACGGUUCAGGCGGGAGGAGGACGCUUUUCCCGCAUCGUGCCGGCUGCGUCGAUCUGGCCCUCGUUGUCGUCAUCGUCGUCUAGUCCGUCCACAUCCGUCGUCAGCCGACGUCAGCGCGAAAUGUCGAUGCCGUAGCCGUGACGGUGCCAACAGCCACGCGUCUCUCGCGGCGGCGUCUAUCGCGACGAGCAGCAGCCGCCCCCGAAGAUGUGUCGCGGCGUGUUCCAACGUGCGCGCAAAAAAUGAGUGACUGAGCGCGCGUCGUCUCUCGCGAGAUAUCGUUGCCGCCGAGUGCUGCUACGUGCGUGGAUCACGCUGUGACCGUCUUGCUGACGAUUCUUGCUGCGAGAGGCUCCGACCGCUCCAGCGAGUAUCGACGAUACGCACCACCCGCACGGGGGCAGGGGUGUGAAAAACACGCGAGGGGGAGAUUUCAGACGGAGUUUCAGAGUCCGGAUACGGCGGAUUAGUCCGCCCGCGUGAUAGUUAUCGCGCUCGGCGCUCGGCGCUCGGCGUCGCGACGCCGAAGAACGAAGAAUUGUGCCGUCGCUGAUGCGAGAGGGAUUAUCUCGGCUUACAGGAGCGUCAGGCGAGCGAGAAAGUUCGCUGGGGAAAAACAGGUAGAGCGCAAAUCCCUCUGUUUGCUCGGCGUCGGCGAUAUUGUCCGUGCGCGUCGUCUCCAAUGUCGAUUGGGUUAUACACGAGGGGGUGUAACACAACACGCACCCUUUUCUCAUCAUACUGACUCGUUGGGCCGAGAGAGAGAGAGAGCGUGUCUUUUAAUCGCAUCUCGACAAAGCAGACACGCGCGACACAAGAUAACGAAUUGUCUGUGUGAAGCUGAUAUUGCACUGAUGAAAUAUUGAGACGAGAGGUAAAAGAAGAAGAAGAAGAGGAAGAAGAAGAAGAAGAAGAAGAAGAAGAAGAAGAAGAAGAAGAAGAACGGCGAAACAAUGUUCUGCUUCCAGAGCCCGUUCACCCGACAGUCGCGCGGCGCGGCGUGUUCGACCGCGUCGUUGUCGACGAGCAAGGCCAAGUCGUCGCUGGUGAACGCGAUCCUGUCACCGACGACCGGCAAGACGUCCAGCUCGGCCGAGUGCAACAGACGAGGCUCUGAGGCUCUGAGCGAAGGCUCCAACUCCUCCUCCAUCAGGUACAUCGACCAGGAAGCCUCGAUGUCCGGGGGUAGCAGCACCGACACUCUGCCAGGCAUUCGUGCCGAUUACCUGGACCCCGAGCCCUUGUCACCCGGAACGGUAACGGACGCUCUCACCUCACCGAGCGGCAUCACGGUAGUCUUGAACGGGAACAACGAGCGAGAGAUUCCACCAGCGCGGGACAAGUCCCAGCAAGCCGUUUGCAAGCCGUCGCUGUUAUCACCGACGAAGAAGUCCCACGGCAAUGGCAACUGCUCCUCCAGGUGGCGACGGAAGCUCCUGCUGCGUCUUCGCUCCAACGACUCGUCCAACAACUCGAACAACGGCGAGGCGUGCUCCUCUUCGACGUCGCCUUCGCCCGCGAGCGAGUCCACGGCGGAGUCAGGCUCGUCAGGCUCGUCGAGGAACCCGCGCACCGACGACGCACCCGCCAGGAGGCGGCGGGGCACCGCCGCGACCGCGACAGCGACAGCGACGACGCUCUCGUCGCCGUCGGUGCAGAUCGAGAGUCUGCGGAACGACACGGCUGCUGCUGCUGCCUCCGUCGGCGACACACCGUCCUUGGAGAACGGCUUCAGCGAGCCCGAGGAGGACAACGAAGAGGAGGACGAAGAGGAGGAGGAGGAGGAGGAGGAGGAGGAGGAGGACGCUUGCAAUCCGGAGACGGAGACGGAGACGGAGACGGAGGAGGGCUCCUCCUUGCCGUCCAGCCCAGCCGCGGCUUCCACCGUCGGUCUAGCCUCCUCCGCCGUACCCUACUACGACUUUCUGUCGGUGAGCGGCGGCGCGAUGCGCCAGGAGACCACCAGUACCAGCUCGCCGCAGUUGUCGUCGGGUGCGAGUAUGCGCGACUCCAGCGUGGAGUCGCCGCCCGCCGACACCUGCAGCUCCUACGGCGAGGACAGCAGCCCGGGGGGGAUCGUCUCGCUGAAGCCUGAGGGCCUGGACGCGUCCGGCUGUCUGCCGGUGGCACGCUCCUGCCCGAACCUGGAGAGGCAGAGCGCCGCCGGAUGCUCGUCGGCCAGCGGCUCGUCCAGCCCGAGCCCGAGUCCCGGCCCGGCCGGGCCCAGAUUCAAGCCGCUCGAGGAGGGCGACAUACAAGUGUGCUACCUCAACCACACCAGGACCCUCGUGAAGAAGAUCCUGUCGAGCAAAUUCCUCCGCCGCUGGGAGACCCAUCACCUUUACCUCAACGACGCCUGCCUGUCCUCCAAGACGCUUACGGGUUUCCUUCAGCAACCCGUGCCGUACAGCAGCAUGUCGGAGGUACGAAAGUACGUUGUCGCCAGAUGGGACCCCGCGUACAAGAACUGUCUCAGCAUUGUCCUGCCAGAUGGCUCGCUUCUUCUGCAAGCCAGCAACGCUUACACGAGGGACCAAUGGUAUCACUCGAUAUUAUGGAAGAAGAGCAUCUUCAAGUACCAGCACCUCGUGUCCUUGAGCACGCGAGAGGAGGUGAUUCUGCGCGAACUGCGCACCAUGGUGGACUUUGCUCUGUGGACGCCGCUGCAGGACGAGAGGGUGUCGGCCGCCCCGUUGGAGGCGGUGGCUAAAUUGCUGGAGGAACCGGCCAUAGAAUCCGACUCGGAUGCCAAGACCGAGGAGAUGGUUCGCGAUCGCAAAAAUUGGGCGGAGGCCGUGCUGUCGGUGGUGGCUCCUCUCCUGGAAAAAGCGGCGCCGCCGCCGUCACUCGCGCGAGCGCUCGCUCGACUGACGCAGCAGCAUCCGCGGUCGCAACUCGUCCCGGCGCUCGGCCCGGCAAUCACGAGAUGUCUCAAGCACACCGUUGACUUUGGCAAGUCGCCGGACAUGAGGAAGUUACUGCAGGUUUUCGUCGCCGCUUUGUACGAGAACAAUGACGGCGAACAGGCAAUCAGGGAUUACAUCUCGUCGGUUCACGGGCCAGGCAGCGAUUGUCCGCACCCAAGAGUGCUUCCCAAUCUGGUGUCCAUCUGCGUCGCGGCUAUAUUCCAUAGGUUCGAGGUGUCGAGUCGCGUGUCGUCGAACGAGGACAAGCCGCCGUUGCUGCCGCCGUUGCAGUGUUAUCUGCUCGUCCUGAAUGUCGCGUCGGAGUACGCCGACUGGCGUCCCGGUCUCGGCGCCUUGCUGCAACCUGUCCCAUUCCCGGAGGAAGCUCUGGCCACGAGGGAAGUGCAGGAUUCCGUGUUGAUGUGCGUGAUGCAACGACUGGCGAAAGAUCCGAGAUGCACGGUCCAUCGCGUGCUGCUGCCCGUCAGGGAACCGCGUCCAGGCUGGAUCCACAUCGCUGCACCGUCCAGUCCAGCCUGUCCGGAUCGCGGGGAGCUGUUCGGCGGGAUGCUCACAACCCUGCUGGCGUGUUGCUGCCGACGAAAGAGAUUCAUCGCGUCGCUGCUGAAACAAGCGGGCGACGAUUGCAUCUUGCUGGCGGUGCGAGGUUGCGACGCCGCGCAGGAAGUGCUCUGCCUGAUGCUCGAGUGGCGUUUGUUGGCGAACGAGGAGGCGAGGCUUCAGAUAGUCAACGCGCUCGAAUCCACCGAGUCUGGGAAGGAGCGCUACGCCGCGCUCUGUCAGAGGCAGAAGAAUCUGCAGGAGCUGCAACAAAAGGGCGGACCGCGUAAGCUGACGCUACCGGUGCGAGCGACCGACGCCGACGUCGCCCUUUUACUGGGCGGUCGUGCCCUCGGUAACCUCGAGUGCCUCAGCUUGGCUUUCACCUCCGUGACGUCCGCGUGCGCGGAGCAGCUGAUAAAAUUACCGGCGCUGAGGUACUUGAACCUGUGGGCCACGCAAUUCGGCGACGCCGGCCUACAGAUGAUCAGCGAGCACCUGCAGAAGCUGCAGGUCUUGAAUCUCUGCGAGACGCCCGUCUCGGACAAAGGCAUCUCCACACUGGCCUCAUUAACGAGCCUAAGGAAAUUGAAUCUAAACAGCACGAAGCUGUCGGCCCAGACAUUCGAGUCGCUGAAGAAGCGACUGCCGGCUCUGCAGGAAUUCGACGUUCGAUACACGGAGGCCUGGUGACCCGAAGUCACGUCCAGCACCUCGCCCAUCGACAGCAUCGAUCACGACGCGAAAGUAAGGAAACGACGUUAAGGUGUUUGAUCGUUUGGAAGAACAUUCGCGAGAGAGAACAAGCCGAUACGGAAGCGACGCGCUUCGAGUCGUCAUUCGAGUCGUCGAGUGCGAUUUCAAUUCGAUUCUUCUAAUCAGCGAUCCAACCAGAGCUGAUCCUCCUCGUGACCGACGCAAUCCUCCUGCCGUUUUUCAAGAGGACGAGCAAAGGACGAGUCUUUUGUUACAAUACUGACCAGAAUGAGGGUGAAGAGGCUGUCUCCGCGUCGAGUCUCCGCGGACCCUUUGAUGCCGCUUACGCUUCUUCCGGUUUAAUCGACGAUUCGUUCUUCUCACAGGGCGAUAAAGCACGCGUGACGAACGCGACGACGAUCAUCGAUCAAGCCGCGCGCGUUCGCCGCGUCAGCGCAUCUUCCAUUUCCACCAGAUAUUAUUCGAUCCAAGUGACGUUCGAUGAACAGUUUCUCUGUCGCGUCAGCCGACACGUUCGCCGAUGUUCUCUUGCUUCGAAGAAUAUCGAUUUUCUCUUUAAGACGCGUCUCUUUCACGUCGUCGUCGUCGUCGUCGUCGUUGUUGUCGUCUCGUCGAUGGGAGCCGCGUUUCCCGAAGACAUUCCAGUGCCGUAAAUUCCGAACGUCAGUGUCCAGGUAAGACUCGAAUAAACGGAGGUCGACGAAGGAUGAUCGGCGGUCUCGUCAUUCGCACUUGGAAUGCGAGUUCGCUUGUAAAAGAAGACGGAGAGAGACGCGUGUUCUCCGAGUGGAAUCGCGCAUGUGGUGGUCGUGGAACAGACAAUCUUCAGAGAGAGAGAGA